GUUGGUGAGGGCGAUGGCGUGUCAAUGUCAUUCACCGACGGAUUUGUUGAUAUUCCAUCAUCGUUGGGCUUUGUAUUUCUUUCCAUUUUUCUCUCUAAGUCAUCGUGUUUAUCGACGCAGUCCAAUACAAGACUGUGUGGAUUUGGAGUGAAUUUUUGUCCAACCAAAUUGGAAGAACUGGAGAAGGUAAUGGAUAGAUCUGAUUCGUCUUCUGACGAAGAAGACGAUCGCCAGCGCCUUGUCGAACACAAUGACAUCAAGCCUCACCCUUCUCCUCGUACUCACUCCACCACCUUCGACAUUGACGACGAUCCCCAUUUCCGCCCUCCCAUUCACAGGUUUCCUUUCUCCAUUCCCAAAUUUGCAUUUGACAAGAGGUACUACUAUCUUUUAGCCGCCGCCCUCCCUCUAUGCAUUCUCGUUCUAUUUUUCUCUGUCGAUAUUAGAAGUCUCUUCUCUACUACUGUCUCUUCCACACUCAAAACCUCCGAUUCCCUCAGUGAUCGAAUGAGGGAAUCAGAAUUGACAGCUUUGUAUUUGUUGAGGCAACAACAGCUGGGUUUUUUCCAUCUUUGGAAUCACUCCUCGUUUCUUCAAUCUAACUCGUCUUUCAAUUCGACCGCUUCUAAUAAUUUGAAUUCAAAUUCUGCUCUUAUAGAAUAUAUCAAAUCUGCUCUAUUGAAGCAAAUUACUCUGAACAAAGAGAUCCAAAACGUUCUUCUGUCCCCCCAUCGGUCUGGCAACUUAUCAGAGGUAGUUGGUGAUGCUCUCCCCAUGGACACCUUCGCCCUUGAUAGAUGUAGAAAGAUGGAGCAGAAAUUGUCUGAUAGACGAACGAUUGAGUGGAAGCCCAAAUUAAACAAGUUUUUGUUCGCUCUAUGCACCUCGGGGCAAAUGUCUAACCAUUUGAUCUGUUUGGAGAAGCAUAUGUUCUUCGCUGCUAUACUUAACAGAGUUUUGGUCAUUCCUAGUCAUAAAGUUGAUUAUCAGUUCAGUAGGGUGAUAGACAUUGAUCGUAUUAAUAUGUGCUUGGGUAGAAAGGUUGUCAUCUCUUUUGAAGAGUUUUCCGAGAUUAAGAAGCACCACUUGCACAUUGAUCGGUUCAUUUGUUACUUUUCAAAACCAAAUCCUUGUUAUGUGGAUGAUGAGCAUAUUAGUAAGUUGAAGAACUUGGGGAUCUCUAUGGGCAAGCUUGAAUCUGCUUGGAAUGAAGAUACUAAGCAUCCCAAUAGCAAGACAGUUUCAGAUGUUGAAUCCAAGUUCUCUUCCAAUAAUGACGAUGUUAUAGCUGUUGGAGAUAUUUUCUUUGCUAAUGUAGAGCAAGAGUGGGUAAAUCAACCAGGAGGUCCCAUUGCUCACAAAUGCCAGACUUUGAUAGAACCAAGUCGUCUUAUCAAGCUGACAGCCCAGCGAUUUAUUCAAACAUUCUUAGGAAAGAAUUAUAUUGCACUCCAUUUUCGGCGACACGGGUUUUUGAAGUUCUGCAAUGCAAAGCAGCCAAGCUGCUUUUACCCCAUUCCUCAAUCAGCAGACUGCAUAAUUCGAAUGGUUGAGAGGGCGAACGUGCCGGUAAUUUAUCUUUCCACAGAUGCAGCAGAGAGUGAACAUGGGUUGCUGCAGUCGCUUCUUGUCUUGAAUGGGAAGCCAAUACCACUUGUUAAGAGGCCUCCUCGUAAUUCAGCUGAAAAAUGGGACGCCUUGUUAUACAGGCAUGGGAUUGAGGGAGACUCUCAGGUGGAAGCAAUGCUUGACAAGACAAUCUGUGCUAUGUCUAGCACGUUUAUCGGUGCACCUGGGUCAACAUUCACAGAGGACAUUUUGCGCCUACGAAAGGAUUGGGGCACUGCAUCUCUGUGUGAUGAGUACCUCUGCCAGGGCGAGGAACCAAAUUUCAUUUCAGAAAAUGAAUGAUAUGUAGAGGUUCGAUGAUGUAUAGAAACUGUCACUAUUAUCAUCCUUUUUUAGGCUUGAUCUGGAAUUUAGUCUACUGUAUGAUAGCACUUGGCGAAGUUUACACGAAUUCUUUUCCAUGUAUCAAGACCUCUCUUUUAAUAAGAUGUUCGCGGCUGUAAUCAGUGUAUAUAGAGAAUUACUUCCAUAUGCAGCAAUUGUUUUGCGGGUAAUUGGCGGUUGGGAAUUUUGUUCA